AUGGCGAGCCGUCGGAUCCAAAUCGAUGGAUCGGGGGAUCCACCGCCACGGUUCGAUGACGAAGAAACCCUGGAUGAGGACGGUGGCAGCCUGAGACUUCGGCCAUCAGGUAGCAAUGUGACGGAGGAUCUGGAACCUUUCAUGGGAGUUAAGGUUCGAAGGAAAGCUUCUCGUCACCGGGAUUACCUCGGCGAUUACCUCGAUGUUCAAUCCAGCCCGCAUCUUAUGAAAAUUCUCGAGAAGCAGGGUGACAGAAAAGUUCUCUUUGCGGAUAAAGUUUUAAAGUUUACUGGCUCAGGGAAGAUGAAAAGACGAAUACUUCUAAUUACUGAUUUUGCCAUUUACAUUGUGGACCCAAAUACUGAUGCGCUCAAAAGAAGAAUAGCCCUAGCCGCUGUCGAGAAACUUUGUUUAAGUGAACUGAGUGACAAUUUCUUUGCCAUUAUUAUUCCUACAGAAUAUGACUUACUCAUGGCUAGCACACGAAAGACGGAAAUUGUGACCGUCUUGGCCGAUGCUACAAAAAGUGCUUCGGACUAUGAACUCGAGGUUUCUCUAUCUAACAGGUUUGAGUAUAAUGCUGCUGCAGAAGUAGUGAAGGAAGUUCAAUUCGAGGAGGAAGAAGGUUGUGUGAGGACGAGAAUUGUGCAGAAAUGA